UCAGUCAGUCUGAUGGAGACUCCGGAAAGUCUCGCGUGUCCGUGACGGAACCUCGCCGGCGCUUGUCAACAUGAACACGGUUCACACUGAGGAUACACCGGCUGGCUGACCGCUUAUUUACUCCGAACGUUUGGCACGGACACCUGUCAGCUCGCUGUGAUUGUGGCCACAAUGGGUCGUGAGCGGCCGCACGAGAGACGUUUGGAAUAAAACCGACUCAACUCCAGUGAGGCCCCGCUGAAGACUGAGGAGCGUGGACGAAAUGAAGACAAAUGAUGGACUCCAGAUUAAUAACGCAAGCGCUUCUCGGUGAAACUUGAACUUUUUUUUUUUUUUUCGCUGGGAGAAAAUAACUACCUGGCUUCUUAUUCUACAUGCCUACUCUGCUUCCAUGCCAGUAUGUCACUAUCAGACUGCAAAUAUGGGAGCAACACCCAAAAGGACCACAAUCACAGCCUCCACAGCCUGCCUAUGGCCGAGAACUAUGGGAAAAAGUCUGUCAGGACGUUAUUCGACUUCAGGCACACGAACGUGCCUGAAAAUCUGGACGUCAAGUGCGUCCCGCUGUUGUUUUUAACCAACCUGCGGCGCCUUUCGAAAGUCAAAGUGGUGAGCUUCCUCCUGGGCUUGACGCUGACGUUCCUCAUCAUGGCUUCUUACAUCCUGAUGUGGGACAAGAAAGGGCUGCUGUUCACUCCUUCACCCUAUCAGCUCAGGCCCGCCGCCUUUCCGACGAGCACGGCUGUAGUUUCUUUUGAAAAGAAUUUAAUAGACAUGAAAAUGUUGGUGAAGAUCAUCAGCUCCAAACAGGAAUAUACACCCAGGAGGGUUCCUGAUGAGAAGGACGUCAUUGAAACAGACGCACAUUUGUUCUCAGUGAUUCCUCGCCAUUUCUUGCCCGGCAUCAAGAGCCCCUGCUGGUUUGAAGAGUUCUCCGGUGAACUCAGCACUGAUCCGUACAGGAGGAACCUCUUCACUUUGCGCUCGAAAAGCUUCAAGACCGUGUGCGACCACUUGAGGACCAACUUCCACCAGCACUUGCACCACAGAGUUGGCAAACACUAUCGUCUGCGCUGCUUACCGUACUUCUACAUCAUCGGCCAACCGAAGUGCGGCACAACGGACUUGUUCCACCGACUGCUGCUGCAUCCGGAGGUCAAGUUCAACACCAUGAAGGAGCCGCACUGGUGGACCAGGAAGCGCUUUGGUUAUAUCCGUUUCAAAGAUGGCUUCCAGGAAAGUUUUCCUGUGGAAGAUUACCUGGAUCUGUUUGACUUGGCAGCCCACAACAUCCAAGAAGGAAUCAGUGGAAAUUCAUCUGGAGACCACCGCACACUCCGGCUCAUAACAGGUGAAGCCAGUGCAUCCACAAUGUGGGACAACCAGGCCUGGAGCUAUCUCCAUGGAGACAGGGAGGAGGAAACAGAACCCCCCUUCCUGGCCCAGGACUUCAUCCACGCUGUCCAACCUGAUGCCAAAAUCAUCAUCAUGCUCAGAGAUCCAGUAGAAAGACUUUACUCAGACUACUUGUACUUUAAGAUGGCCAACAAGUCAGCCGAGGACUUCCACCAGAAGGUUGUGGAGUCCGUGCAAUUGUUUCAGUCGUGUCUGUCUGGGAGGUCACUUCGUUCCUGCGUCUACAACACCAGCCUCUCCAACGUCAUGCCGGUGAGGCUGAACCUGGGCAUGUACAUCGUCUUCCUGCUGGACUGGCUGACGGUUUUCCACAGGGAGCAGAUUCUAGUUCUUCGGCUGGAGGACUACGCAGCCAACCUUAAAGUGACAAUUAAAAAAGUUUUUGAUUUUCUGAGCGUAGGUCCUCUGUCAGAGCAGGUGGAGGCGGCGCUGACCAAACGGCCCAUGUCCAACACUCGGCGGGCGGCAGACAGGAAUCUUGGUCCCAUGCUUCCAGCCACCAGAGAACUCCUCAGUAAAUUUCAUCAGCCCUUCAACCAUAAACUGGCCGGUGUGCUGGCUAACAAAGCUUUCCUCUGGACUAACACCUGAAGGGACGUGAACAUGGAGGAAACGUGGACGGAUGUGAACGAACAAUCAGAGCAAGAAGCUAAACCCAUUGAAACAAGUUGUUCUGCGACGGAACAGCUUGUGUGGAAUAAAUGUGUGGGUCUUGUUUGUGAUAUUUAUUUGAUUUUUAAAAAGAAUGUGUGACGUCAAGUGAAGAUGAUAAUGAUAAAAUAAACUGAAUUUGUGUUUUAAUCGAU